CUGUCAUAGACUAUUAUUGUUGUGGCUUCACCUAGCGGACGAUCUUAGUGUGCUUAAGCCGACUUGUGGCUGAGGUGACCGAGCUUGGACAAGGAUGCAUCUACUUUGGAACCUCGAACCUUCAAGUUGCAGGCAACAACCUCAAUGUUUCGGCGCACUGGAGUUGCGACGCAAUACUCUUCACAACAAUGAUCCAGCCGCAACAUGGUGCUCCUCACCAUGACAGUCUCCAUUGUGGAGGCAUUGCUGAAGUUGGAUGAAACCAGCCCACCAGGGACCAAAGAAGAAGCGCGAGAUGCAGACGUCGCAAACGAGCUGUCUCUAUCAGAACCAGCCGUCGGCAAUCCCAUUGGGCAUGGACAGAUUAUGGAUAUUUGGAAAGAGAUGAAAGCCAAAGGACAUACCGAGUACACAUUAGAGGGACUUCUCCGUGGUGCGACAGUCUACAUCCCACCUCCGCCUCCAAAAACAGAGCCUACGGAAGAGUACAAAACUCUCAUGGCACGUCUCCGCCGCGAUGAAGAGGAGCGCUCCUAUGAACGUAUGCUGCGAGCCGGUCCCGACCGCGAGACUUUCGUCCAGCGAUUCCCGACCGCACCGAUGGCCCAUUCCUUCGCCGAAGUCAACAAGCCAUCCAGGCCAUCCGAUCUUGGGGAAGACAGCAUCGAUCAGGGCGACAUACAGCAACAAGUCACGCUGAUCAUCAACUUCCUUGUCAGCAUCUUUGGGUGUGCGGCCGCUAUCUGGAUCUUGGCCAGGUGGUGGAGCACGCCUGCACGGCUGUUCCUCACUCUGGGGGGGAGCUUGGUGGUAGCUAUUGCCGAGGUGACGGUUUAUUCUGCCUACUCGUGGCGCAUGGAGCAGGGUGAUAAGAAGGAGCAGGGUCGGAAGGAAGUUAGGGAGAUCACGAAGACUUGGGUUGUGGGUGAGGACCAGGGUAAGGACGUGAAAGAGGGCUACGAGCUUGUGUUGAUAAAGCCGAAGGAUUCAGAAGCCGAUAUGACUUUGCGGAAGAGGGUGGCCGGAUCGACUUGACAUAUUUGAGUUAGGGAACCGCGCUCAAUAUAGUACAAGGCUUCUCUUUCCAAUAAGCGGUAGUUACUAUGAUAAGCAACUAUUUAUACACCAACAUACGAGUUGAAUUUUGGAGGA